AUGCAACAACUAUAUGACUGGCAAAUUGAUACAAGCAAGGACAUUCUUUUCACUUGCUCUGGCCACAGUGAAGAGCUCAAGUCAUUUCUCAAGGAUGACUAUAAUUUUGAAAGCUGUCUACGUCUAUUGAGUUUGAGAGAUCAGCUCAAGGUUCGCAAUGUCAAACACAAAAGGCACAUGGCACUUAUAUCUAGGCUAUUUUUGAAGUUCAUUAUAAAUUUGGUGAUCUGCAAAGCCACCUUGGAGCCUGAUGUCGAGUUGUGGAGGGAGCUAGAGUUCGGGUACAGUGAGCAUGGGAAACCCAUUCUUCCAAGCAAAUCGUUUGUUUUCAACAACAGUAACUCGAACGAGAUGUCUGCAGUAGCAAUACUGUUCAACUCAAGAGCAAUUGGCGUUGAUCUUUCCCAUGAAGAGCAGCAGUCAAUAUCCCCCAUAGACUUCAUAGAUCAGUUCAAGGACAUGUUUAGUGAUGGAGAGUUAUUGCAGCUUAAUGCAAUUGAGAACCAAGAAGAGAGGUAUAUCAAAUUCAAUCAGCUCUGGACACUUAAGGAAGCGUUUACGAAAUACUUGGGGUGUGGAUUGAACCUAGAAAUCUCAUCGUUCUCAUUUGAGAUGAGUAGCCUCCCUGAGGCUAGGAAACCAGUGAGCGAUUCUAACAUCAUUACUCAUCGGGAUGCGAGCUGGACAAAGAGCGAUAUUGAUGCUUCCGAGGUACCAACAAGCCUACUAAAAGAUUUAGGGUACGAUAUUCACUGCUACUCUACUACUUUGAGAACGUCAGAUAAGCUACCAGUAUUAGCCUCUGUCAUCUCCAAUUCGCCUACCAACCCAAUAAUAGUCGAGAUAGAUCUUUUUCAAAUACUCAAAAAUGAAAUUGUAUAA